AUGGCAUCCGCACAGCAGCUCCUGAGACUGACCCAGGAGGUAAUUUGUCCCAUUUGUCUAGGUUUCUUCACCCAGCCGGUUACACUGGAUUGUGGACACAACUUCUGCCGCUCCUGUAUCACCCAGAGUUGGGAAAAGAAGGAGAUAAACUCCUGCCCGGAAUGUGGAGAGGUGUUUCCGGAAAGAAACCUCAGGGUAAAUCGGACCUUAGUGAAUCUGGCCGAGGAGGCUCGAAAAUUAAAGCUGGAUCCGAAAGAGACGGAGAUUUCAAAGUCUGACAGUUUUAUGCUGCGAUUUCUCUUCCAAUUCCAGGAUAAACUGAAAUCUUCCGUAGAUUCUCUCACAGAGAAGAAAUCGGCGGUUCUACAAACGGAACUGACCCAGAAACGGAAGAUUUCCGAAGUGAGGGAACAGGCGAGCAGUCUGCGGACCCACAUCACAUCCGAGUUCACUAAAAUGCACCAGAUUCUCACUGAGAAAGAGCAGCGUUUACUCAGAGAUCUCAGGGAAGAAGAGGAGAGGAUUGUAGAACCAAUGGAGAAAAACCUUCGAGAGAUUCAGGAGAAUUUAAAUUCCAUUGAGGAGGAACUCUCAAAGUUGCAGAAGCAGAUGGAGCAAAACGACGAGCUGAUAUUUCUGAAGGAGGCAGCUUGUCGGAAGAGAAGGAUCAGUGAGCAUAACUGGACAUCACCAGCAGAUGGCUCCCUGUCUAUUGGAAAGUACAAAGGUCCUUUACAGUACUCAGUUUGGAGAGAAAUUGUGGAGGACAUUAACCUGGCUCCAGCCUCUCUGAGUCUGAAUCCGAACACAGCGAAUCCCUGGCUCAUCCUGUCUGAGGACCGGACCAGUGUGAGAGUCGGAGACGAAUGGCAGCCGCUCCCUGACCCCCCGGAGAGGUUUAAUUCCCGGGCCUGUGUCCUGGGAUCAGAGGGAUUCACAUCAGGGAGACAUUACUGGGAGGUGGAGGUGGGGGAGAAGACCUGGUGGUAUCUGGGAGUGGCCCGAAAGUCUGUGGAGAGGAAAAUUAGAAUCAGAUUGAGCCCAGAGACCGGAUUCUGGAUUGUGGAGCUGUAUCCCGGACGCGGCUAUUUGGCCGCCACCUCCCCCUCACAGACCCCCCUCUCCCCGAGUGUGAAUCCCCGGAAGAUCGGGGUUUUCCUGGACUAUGAGGGUGGACAGGUGUCAUUUUACAAUGCGGACACCAUGUCCCAUCUCCACACUUUCACCCACACUUUCACUGAGAGGCUCUUUCCCUUCUUCUGUCCGGGAGGGAUUGACGGCGGGAAAAACUCCGCCCCGCUGACAAUCUGCGGGACUAAAGGGCACUGA